ACCAAAGCAUUGUGGGAUUGAAACGGUGCUUGCAAUGGUGACUGCUGGAGCCGUAAGAACUACGGGUGAAACUGAGAAAUAUUAACCAUAUAAAUGUCACUAGAAUUGUGCUAGUGAUAAUAAUCUAUGACACCACCGUCUAGGCGUUUUUGUUGUGGACAAGUUUAUGCCCGUGUCAUCUCUUCCAUUCUGUAUGGGCAAAGUAGAAAACUGGAAUAUUGACUUGUGUCAGUGGACGCUUGCUGAGGUCCAUACCGUUUUUCGUUUUCAAAGGAGCUGAAUAAGUAGGCCGGGAACCAGUAUCUUACGAUUGCAUUCAUUAUUAUUUCAAGAUUUGAUAUUUGGGUCGAAUACAUAAUCCAAAAUGUCGACUAGUAGCCCCGAAGCGGUGAAGAAAUUACUCGAGAACAUGCAGACGGAUCUGCGGUCCCUGUCAAUGGAAUGCAAGAAGAAAUUCCCCCCAGUCAAAGAGGCUGCUGAGUCUGGGAUAGUCAAGAUCAAGACCAUCGCCGCGAGGAAUUCAGACAUCUUGGCAACUCUGAAGGAGAACAGCUCGGAGGUAGUACAGCCGUUCCUGAUGGGCUGUGGCACCAAGGAGCCCAAGAUCACCCAGCUGUGUCUGGCUGCUAUCCAGAGACUCAUGUCCCACGAGGUGGUUUCUGAGGCUGCAGCAGGGAACAUCAUUAACAUGCUGUGGCAGUUGAUGGAGAACGGGCUGGAGGAACUGAAGCUGCUGCAGACUGUGUUAGUGCUGCUCACCACCAACACAGUGGUACAUGACCAAGUCCUGUCCAAGGCUAUCGUGCUGUGUUUCCGCCUGCACUUCACCAAGGACAACAUCACCAACAACACAGCCGCCGCCACCGUCAGACAAGUCGUCACCGUGGUAUUCGAGAGGAUGGUCGCGGAGGACGAGCGCUUCAAAGACAUCGUGGACCAGCCUCCUCCAGUCCAGGGUAACACUAACCGGAGAUCUGUUAGCACCCUGAGGCCCAGUGCUAAAGACGCCUACAUGCUGUUCCAGGACCUAUGUCAGCUAGUAAAUGCUGAUGCCCCCUACUGGCUGGUAGGGAUGACAGAGAUGACACGGACGUUUGGUCUGGAGCUCCUGGAGUCGGUCCUCAAUGACUUCCCUAGGGUCUUCCUGCAGCACCAGGAGUUCAGCUUCCUGCUGAAGGAGCGUGUGUGUCCGCUGAUCAUCAAGCUGUUCUCCCCCAACAUCAAGUUCCGUCAAGGCAACAGCAGCGCCGCCUCCCCAGCCCCUGUAGAAAAACCCUACUUCCCCAUCUGCAUGAGGCUGCUCAGAGUGGUAUCUGUGCUCAUCAAACACUUCUACAGCCUACUGGUGACAGAGUGUGAGAUCUUCCUGUCUCUGCUGGUGAAGUUCCUGGAUGGAGAGAAGCCUCAGUGGCUUAGAGCUGUGGCCGUGGAGUCAGUCCACAGGCUGUGUGUACAGCCACACCUGCUACGGUCUUUCUGCUUGUCCUAUGACAUGAAGCAGCACUCCACCAAGGUGUUCAGGGACAUCGUCAAUGCUCUGGGCUCCUUCAUCCAGUCCCUCUUUAUUGUCCUCAACACAGGAAAUCCUGCUGCUACCAACACUUCCACCGGUGGGUCAGGGGCCCAGGGGGCUGCCCAGGGGGCUGCCCAGGGGGGUCCAGGCGCAGGAGGUCAGGGUGGGAGUCUAACCACACAGGCUGCCUUUGAGUACCGCGGUACCUGGAUCCCCCUCAUGACCGUCAGUGUUCAGGGCAGCGCCAAGGCUACCUAUCUGGAGAUGUUGGACAAGGUGGAGCCCCCGUCUAUCCCAGAGGGUUAUGCUAUGUCUGUGGCCUUCAGCGCCCUGCUGGACCUGGUCCGAGGCAUCACUUCCAUGAUAGAGAGAGCGUUGGCCAAGGAGGAGGAGGAGGCGGCUGUAUGCAGGGAGGCCAACCCAGACCAGAACACCCAGCUUGAGCCUGGGGCCCAUCUGGUAUGGGAGGAGAUGGUCAGUGCAUGUUGGUGUGGUCUACUGGCUGCGCUCUCUCUCCUGCUGGAUGCCAGUACAGAUGAGACUGCGACAGAGAGCAUCCUGAAGGCAGAGCUGACCGUGGCCGCGCUGUGUGGUCGCCUGGGCCUCGUGACGCCCCGCGACGCCUUCAUCACAGCCAUCUGCAAGGCCUCGCUGCCCCCACACUACGCCCUGACUGUCCUCAGCAGUAAUACAGCCAACCUUAACAAGGCUAAGAAGACAGCCUCUAAAACCGUGCCAUUGGCCAAGGCCACUACAACGCACCCUCCAAAAAUGUCUAGGGGAAACACUGGCGCGUCCUACUCCAUCCAGGGCCAGAGUGUUCAGAUCAUCAGUUCCUCCAGUGAGUCUCAUCAGCAGGUGGUGGCUGUGGGACAGCCUCUCUCUGUACAGCCCCAAGGCACUGUAGUGCUGACAGCUAAGAAUAUCCAGUGUAUGCGGACCUUGUUGAACCUGGCCCACUGCCAUGGGGUGGUGCUGGGAACCUCCUGGCAGCUGGUGCUGGCCACGCUGCAGCACCUGGUGUGGAUCCUAGGUCUGAAGCCUGGGGUUGGAGGUGCUCUGAAGCCUGGUCGUGCAGUAGAGGGGCCAAGCACGGUGCUGACCACGGCUGUGAUGACGGACCUGCCUGUCAUCUCCAACAUCCUGUCUAGGCUCUUUGAGAGCUCCCAGUACUUAGACGACGUGUCACUGCAUCACCUGAUCAACGCACUGUGCUCCCUCUCUCUGGAGGCUGUGGAGAUGGCCUAUGGAACUAACAAGGAGCCGUCUCUGUUUGCUGUUGCCAAGCUGCUGGAGACCGGCCUGGUCAACAUGGACCGUAUAGAGAUCCUGUGGAGGCCCCUCACUGGACAUCUACUGGAGGUCUGCCAGCACCCCAAUGCCAGAAUGAGAGAGUGGGGGGCUGAGGCUGUGACCUCCCUAAUCAAAGCUGGCCUGGCCUACAAACACAACCCCCCUCUGGCACAGAACCAGAGGCUGCAGCUCCUGUUGUUGAACCCGCUGAAGGAGCUGUCCAACGUGCUCCAUGCAGACAUCCGUCAGAAGCAGCUGGAGAGCGUGCUGCAGAUCCUCCAGAGCCAAGGGGACAGUCUGGGGCCCGGCUGGCCCUUAGUGCUGGGCGUAAUAGGGGCCAUCCGCAACGACCAGGGAGAGUCAUUGAUCCGAACAGCCUUCCAGUGCCUGCAGUUGGUGGUGACUGACUUCCUCCCCACCAUGCCUUGCGCGUGCCUCCAGAUCGUAGUGGACGUAGCUGGCAGCUUCGGCCUCCAGAACCAGGAGCUCAACAUCAGCCUCACCUCCAUAGGACUCCUGUGGAACAUCUCUGACUACUUCUUCCAGAGGGGCGAGGCCAUCACCCAGGAACUAGAGAGGGAGGAGGCCGCGCUGCAGAAGCAGGCUCAGGAAAAGGGUGAGCCCUUGAACAGGCCCUUCCACCCGGCCCCUCCCUUCGACUGCCUGUGGCUGUGUCUGUACGCCAAGCUGGGCCAGCUGUGUGUGGACCCCCGGCCCGCCGUCAGGAAGAGCGCCGGUCAGACCAUGUUCUCCACCAUCGCUGCCCACGGCACCCUGCUGCAGCAGCCCACCUGGCACAUCGUGGUCUGGAAGGUUCUGUUCCACCUGCUGGACUGUGUGAGGAAGUCUUCCACUACUGCCGAUAAGGAAAAGAUUGAGUCGGGGGGCGGGAACAUCCUCAUCCACCACUCACGGGACACAGCUGAGAAACAGUGGGCGGAGACCUGGGUGCUGACGCUGGCAGGGGUGGCUCGUAUCUUCAACACCAGGAGAUACCUGCUGCAGCAGCUAGGUGACUACUUCAAGGCGUGGGAGGUUCUGUUGGACCACAUCCAGUCUGCUGCCCUCAGUAAGAACAGUGAGGUCUCCCUGGCCGCGCUCAAGUCCUUCCAGGAGAUCCUCCAGAUCACCACACCCGUCAAGGACUCCGCCAUGCCCACCGACGCUCUGGCUGCCAUGGGUGUUCCCCCCGUCCUCAUCGACCCCCUCAGCGCCCCGGGCCCCGGCAGACCCCUGCUGCGCUCCGACUCGAUGCUGGAGAGGCUGACGAGCUACAACGGCGCCGAACUCCAGGCCCCUCCCCCAGGGGAGGAAUCGGCACUGGAGGAUGCGGCGCUGUGGUGGUCGGCGUGGAACACCUGGUACCGGACGGGCACAGACAGCACGAGGCCCCCUAGUGGCAGGACGGGGACAGACAGACCCUCCUUCGUCCCCAGCCAGCCCUUCCUGACAGCGUUAGUCCAGAUCUUCCCUGCCCUCUACCAGCACAUAAAGACUGGCUUCAGCAUGGAGGACCUGAGGAAACUGGGGGUGAUCCUCCAUGGGGCCGUGUCCAUACCCAUCAGCAGUGACGCCUCGCCCUUCAUCCUACCCUCUUACACCGAGGCUGUCCUCACCAGCCUGCAGGAGGCUGUGCUCACCGCGCUCGAUGUGCUGCAGAAGGCCAUCUGUGUGGGCCCAGAGAACCUGCAGGUCAUGUACCCAGCCAUCUUUGAACAGCUGCUCCUCUUCGUCGAGUUCUCCUGCAAACCCCCCCAGUACGGCAAGAUGGAAACCAAACAUGUGGCCAACGCUAAAUACAACCAGAUCCAGCUGUUUACACCGGCAGAAUGGGUUGCCUUAAACUAUGUGCCCUUUGCUGAGAGGUCCCUGGAGGUGGUGGUGGACCUCUACCACAAAACAGCCUGUCACAAAGCUGUCAUCGAUGAGAAAGUCCUACAGAACAUCAUCAAGACCCUGCGGAUGCCCCUGGGCCUAAAGUAUGGGUGUCCGUCAGAGAGCACGUGGAAGCUAGCUGUGUCAUCCCUGCUCAAGGUGCUGUCCACCGGGCUGCCCGUGGCCCGUCAGCAUGCCUCCUCUCGGAAGUUUGACACUAUGUGGCCAGAGCUGGCCAAUGCCUUCAAAGACUUCCUUUUCACCAAAAGCACACCUCCAGACAAUGUGUCCAUCCAGGAGUUUCAGAAGAAUGAAGCCAUUGACGUUGAGGUGGUGCAGUUGAUCAGCACAGAGAUCUUGCCGUUUGCCAUCUUCAUCCCCAAAGACUUUGUUGGCCAGAUUAUGGCCAUGCUUAAUAAAGGAUCCAUUCACUCACAGUCCUCCUCAUUCACAGAGGCAGAGGUAGACGUGCGGAUGCGGGAGGAGUUCUCCAAAGUGUGUUUUGAGACGCUGCUCCAGUUCUCUUUCAGUAACAAGGUGUCCACGCCCCAGGAGGGCUACAUCUCCCGCAUGGCCCUCUCCGUGCUCCUCAAGAGGUCCCAAGACGUGUUGAGGCGCUACGUGGACGAUGAGAGGCUGAGUGGACGCUGCCCACUGCCCAGUGGACAGAGGAUGAAGCUUGAUUGCCAACUUCUCAGGCAACAAGUGACGGAAAUCAUCUUUGUCUUAAAAGCUAUCAGCACUUUGAUGGACUCACUUAAAAAGACCCAGCCAGAAAAUGUUCUCUGCUGCCAAUGACUGGAACGAACUGCAAAAAUCUCUGAAGCUGGAGACUCGUAUCUCCCUCACUAGCUUUAAGCACCAGCUGUCAGAGCAGCUCACAGAUCACUGCACCUGUACAUAGCCCAUCUGUAAACAUCCCAUCUAUCUACCUACCUCAUCCUCAUACUGUAUGUAUUUAUUUAUCUUGCUCCUUUGCACCCCAGUAUCUCUACUUGCACAUUCAUCUUCUGCACAUCUACCAUUCCAGUGUUUAAUUUGCUAUAUUGUAAUUACUUCGCCACCAAGGCCUAUUUAUUGCCUUAACUCCCUUAUCUUACCUCAUUCCACUCACUGUAUAGAGACUUUGCUUUCUUUGUUCUACUGUAUUAUUGACUGUAUGUUUUUGUUUAUUCCAUGUGUAACUCUGUGUUGUAUUGUGUCGAAUUGCUAUUAUCUUGGCCAGGUCGCAGUUGCAAAUGAUAACUUGUUCUCAACUAGCCUACCUGGUUAAAUUAAGGUGAAAUAAAAUAAUAAUAAGCCGUCAGCAUGCUUCAGUUCGGCUGGCGCCUAGCCAAACUUGGCUAACCGAACCGAAUUAGUGUGUUUGCAUGCUUCCUUAAAAGACCUUCGGUUGAAAAACAAGACAAAAGCGGCAAUAGUGCUGUUUGUCUAUUUUGAGACCCCAUAGUCAGAAUUAAUCUAAGAUAGCUCAAGAAAUCUGUCAUUACAACUACCUAUAUAAGAUGUUUGGUGCAGUAUUUUUCAAUUAAAACAUUUGCAUGAAAAUGAGUCGUCUCUCUUUGAAUGACAUCAAAGACUGAUCAACAGUAUGGAUUCUUCACUAAUCAUCGACGAUGGGGCGUAGACUUCGGCUUCGAACUCCGGCUUGUUUCCAGAAAAAAUGUGUCCUCGAACAGCCGAAAAACCCCUCACCGAAGUGCAAAACGAAUGAAAAAAACAUCACAAAAUGUCAUCAUAAUAUACAGUGCAUUUGGAAAGAAAUCAGACCCCUUCCCUAUUUCCACAUUUUGUUACGUUACAGCCUUAUUCUAAAAUUGAUUAAAUACAUGUUUUUCCUCAUCAAUCAACACACAAUACCCCAUAAUGACAAAGCGGAACAUUUUUGCCAAUGUAUAAAUAAAGUAAAUAUAUCUUUACAUAAGUAUUAAGACCCUUUGCUAUGAGACUCAGAAAUUUUGCUCAGGUGCAUUCUGUUUCCAUUGAUCAUCCUUGAGAUAUUUCUACAACUUGAUUGGAGUCCACCUGUGGUAAAUUCAAUUGAUUGGACAUGAUUUGGAAAGGCACACACCAGUCUUUAUAAGCUCCCACAGUUGACAGUGCAUGUCAGGGCAAAAACCAAGCCAUGAGGUCAAAGGAAUUGUCCGUAGAGCUCCAAGACAGGAUUGUGUCAAGACACAGAUCUGGGGAAGGGUACCAAGACAUGUCUGCAGCUUUGAAGGUCCCCAAGAACACAGUGGCCUCCAUCAUUCUUCAAUGGGAGAAGUUUGGAACCACCAAGACUCUUCCUAGAGCUGGCAGCCUGGCCAAAUUGAGCAAUCGGGGGGGAUAAGGGAGGUGACCAAGAACCCAAUGGUUACUCUGACAGAGCUCUAGAGUUCCUCUGUGGAGAUGGGAGAACCUUCCAGAAAGACAACCAUCUCUGCAGCACCACCAAAAAGGCACUCUUCUGUAAAAAGGAACAUGACAGCCCGCUUGGAGUUUGCCAAAAGGCACGUAAAGGACUCUCAAACCAUGAGAAACAAGAUUCUCUGGUCUGAUGAAACCAAGAUUGAACUCUUUGGCCUGAAUGCCAAGCUUCACAUCUGGAGGAAAUCUGGCACCAUCCCUACGGUGAAGCAUGGUGGUGGCAGCAUCAUGCUGUGGGAAUGUUUUUCAGCAGCAGGGACUGGGAGACUAGUCAAGAUCGAGGGAAAGAUUAACGGAGCAAAGUACAGAGAGAUCCUUGAUGAAAACCUGUUCCAGAGAGCUCAGGACCUCCGACUGGGGCCAAGGUUCACCUUCCAAUAGGACAAUGACCCUAAGCACACAGCCAAGCCGAUGCAGGAGUGGCUUCGGGACAAGUCUCUGAAUGUCCUUGAGUGGCCCAGCCAGAGCCCGGACUUGAACCAGAUCUGAGAGACCUGAAAUAGCUGUGUAGCUGUAAGGAUGUAACGUAACAAAAUAUUGAAAAAGUGAAGGAGUCUAAAUACUUUCUGAAUGCACUGUAUGCAUGAACUCUACCGAACUGUUUUUGCUGGGAAGUAUGCGGACACCUUUAGUGAUUUGUACACAGAGAAACUUGAAGCUAUUGGCCCGUUCCACUACAGCCCGUCGAUGUGAAUGGGUGCGUGCUCAGCCCUCCGUUUCCCGUAGCCCGCGAUCAGAUCCUUUUUCUUGUUGAGGGAGAGGUUGUUGUCCUGACCUCCUUCCUCCCUGUAGGCUCAUCGUUGCCAGUGAUCAGGCCUAACAUUUGUUGUGUCGUCAGCAACUUAAUGAUGGUGUUGAAGUCGUGCACAGCCACGCAGUCAUGAGUGAACAGGGAGUACAGGGGGUGACUAAGCACGCACCCCUGCGGGCCCCCAGUUGCAGUGGGAGGUGGUCAGUCUAGGUUCGUGAUGAGCUUGAAGGGCACUAUGGUCUUGAAGACUGAGCUGUAGUCGAUGAACUGCAUUGUCACAUAGGUGUUCCUCUUGUCCAUUUGGGAGAAAACAGUGAGGAGUGCAAUAGAGAUUUGUCAUCUGUGGAACUAUUGGAGUGGGUCCAGGGUUUCUGGUAUGAUUGUGUUGAUGUAAGCCAUAACCAGCCUUUCAAAGCAUUUCAUGGCUACAGAUGUGAGUGCUAUGGGGCGGUAGUCAUUUAGCCAGGUUUUUGCCGUUCUUGGGCACAGGGACUAUGGUGGUCUGAUUGAAACAUGUAGGUAUUAGACUGGUUCAGAGAGAGGUUGGAAAUGUCAGUGAAGAAACAUUCCAGCUGGUCAGCUGAGUACUCAUCCUGGUAAUCCGGCUGGGUUUCCCUUUGUAAUCCUUGAUAGUUUGCAAGCCCUACCACAUCCGACAAGCGCUGGUGUAGUAGGAUUCGAUCUUAGCCCUGUGUUGACGCUUUGCCUGUUUGAUGGCUCGUCGGAGGACGUAGCAGGAUUUCUUAUAAGUGUCUGGAUUAGUGUCCCGCUCCUUUUGUGUCAGCUCUCGCCUGCAGCUCAGUGCAGAUGUUACCAAUAAUCCAUGGCUUCUGGUUGGUAUAUGUACCUACGGUCACUGUGGGGACGACGUCGUCAAUGCACUUAUUAAUGAAUCCAGUGACUGAUGUGGUAAACUCCUCAUGCCUUCGGAUGAAUCCAGGAACAUAUUCCAGUCGUUGCUCGCGAAACAGUACUGUAGUUUAGCAUUCGCUUCAUCGGACCACUUCUGUACUGGGCACAUGUUAGCUUUGUAUGCGUUUCUGUGUGUGGAGUAAAGGUGUUUUGGAGUAAAAGAUGUCACAUGUGCCUCUAGUUGCGCAGGUGACAGGCUGGUAGAAAUUAGGUAAAAUGGAUUUCAGUUUCCCUCAUUAAAACCCCCGGCCAAUAGGAGCGCCACCUCUGGAUCAGCAUUUUCUUGUUUGCUUAUGGCCCUAUACAGCACGUUGACUGCGGUCUUAGUGCCAGUAUCGGUUUGUGGUAGUAAAUAGACAGCUACAAAAUAGUAAAUGCACUGCUCAAAAAAAUAAAGGGAACACUAAAAUAAAACAUCCUAGAUCUGAAUGAAUGAAAUAUUCUUAGUAAAUACUUUUUUCUUUACAUAGUUGAAUGUGCUGACAACAAAAUCACACAAAAAUUAUCAAUAGAAAUCAAAUUUAUCAACCCAUGUAGGUCUGGAUUUGGAGUCACACUCAAAAUUAUAUUGGAAAAUCACACUACAGGCUGAUCCAACUUUGAUGUAAUGUCCUUAAAACAGGUCAAAAUGAGCCUCAGUAGUGUGUGUGGCCUCCACAUGCCUGUAUGACCUCCCUACAACGCCUGGGCAUGCUCCUGAUGAGGUGGCGGAUGGUCUCCUGAGGGAUCUCCUCCCAGACCUGGACUAAAGCAUCCGCCAACUCCUGGACAGUCUGUGGUGCAACGUGGCGUUGGUGGGUGGAGCGAGACAUGAUGUCCCAGAUGUGUUCAAUUGGAUUCAGGUCUGGGGAACAGGCGGGCCAGUCCAUAGCAUCAAUGCCUUCCUCUUGCAGGGACUGCUGACACACUCCAGCCACAUGAGGUCUAGCAUUGUCUUGCAUUUGGAGGAACCCAGGGCCAACCGCACCAGCAUAUGGUCUCACAAGGGGUCUGAGGAUCUCAUCUCGGUACCUAAUGGCAGUCAGGCUACCUCUGGCGAGCACAUGGAGGUGCGGCCCCCAAAGAAAUGCCACCCCACACCAUGAACUGACCCACCGCCAAACUGGUCAUGCUGGAGGAUGUUGCAGGCAGCAGAACGUUCUCCACGGCAUCUCCAGACUCUGUCACAUGUGCUCAGUGUGAACCUGCUUUCAUCUGUGAAGAGCACAGGGCGCCAGUGGCAAAUUUGCCAAUCUUGGUGUUCUCUGUCAAAUGCCAAACGUCCUGCACGGUGUUGGGCUGUAAGCACAACCCCCACCUGUGGACAUCAGGCCCUCAUACCACCCUCAUGGAGUCUGUUUCUGACCGUUUGAGCAGACACAUGCACAUUUGUGGCCUGCUGGAGGUCAUUUUGCAGGGCUCUGGCAGUGCUCCUCCUUGCACAAAGGCGGAGGUAGCGGUCCUGCUGCUGGGUUGUUGCCCUCCUACGGCCUCCUCCACGUCUCCUGAUGUACUGGCCUGUCUCCUGGUAGCGCCUCCAUGCUCUGGACACUACGCUGACAGACACAGCAAACCUUCUUGCCACAGCUCGCAUUGAUGUGCCAUCCUGGAUGAGCUACACUACCUGAGCCAGUUGUGUGGGUUGUAGACUCAUGCUACCACUAGAGUGAAAGCACCGCCAGCAUUCAAAAGUGACCAAAACAUCAGCCAGGAAGCAUAGGAACUGAGAAGUGGUCUGUGGUCACCACCUGCAUAACCACUCCUUUAUUGGGGGUGUCUUGCUAAUUGCCUAUAAUUUCCACCUGUUGUCUAUUCCAUUUGCACAACAGCAUGUGAAAUGUAUUGUCAAUCAGUGUUGCUACCUAAGUGGACAGUUUGAUUUCACAGAAGUGUGAUUGACUUAGAGUUACAUUGUGUUGUUUAAGUGUUCCCUUUAUUUUUUUGAGCAGUGUAGUAUGGUCUACAGUUUAUCAUGAGUCUGAAGACUUCCUUAAUAUUAGAUAUUGCGCACUAGCUGCUGUUAAGACACCCCUGCCCUUGAGCUUACUCGACGCUGCCGUUCUGUCUUGCUGAUGCAUAUAAAGCCCAGCUAGAUGUGGUUGAACAAGGACAAUAUACAACUCUACAGUUCUUAUGUUGCUGAUCAAAUUCUGUGCAUUUAAUGCACAUAAAAACACUUUUGCGGUUAAAUUCCCAUGUACCGAAUAAAGAAUACAAGUUAAAUGGGUUUCCAUCACAUUUUCAACUCUACUGAUGGUUUUGUAAAAAUGAAAUUGUUAUUUAGGGAAUGUGCCCACUCUGGUCUUGGCACAUGUACACUUGCCAACAGCUGGCAGAUACAGUGUGGGUAGGUUUGCCUACAUGAUGAGAUUAUUAUGGACAAAAGAGGGAGAUUAUUUUUAUUUUUUAAACAGUAGCCAAGCAUCGAUCAUCAUGUCACCAGAAUAAGACCCUCAAUAUUUAUUGGAAGGAGCAUCAAGCUCAUCGUGCACUUUUACCACCCGUUGAAGUUCAUCAUACCUUAUUUAAUCUAUAGCCUAAUAAAUUGCAUACUUUCCUGAGUCGUAGUCGGACGACCACACGAGAUGUCAUUGCGUGACUUCCAAGUUUACUUUCGAUAUGAUGGUUAUUAUAUAAAUAUUUGCAGAUAAAGAUGAUUCCACCACCAUUUUUUCACAUUCAUUUUAGACACAUAAAGAUCCCGCCUUGUCUAGCGUAUUUAGCUUUGUCGACAUUUGGAAAGUUUGCCUGUCGUGAAAUGUUUUAUCCGAAAUGUACUUUAAUCACAUAAUAAGGUUGGAUGGAAACCUGGUUUCAAUCAUUAUUAAUUUGUGUCACAGUACAAUGGGGAAUGUUUGCAAAUGCAAUUUAUAUCUGAUUUGUGUGUACCCUGUUAGGUCAAUUUACAAUGUUUGAUUUUUGGAAUCAGAGGCAAAAGUAAGGCAUUCAAAGUGCCCUUGAGGUUGUUUAUAACCUCAUUUAUCCAGACAAAAAGUCAUUUAUAUUUCCCUCUGGCUUUCCAUAAAAAUAAUGAUUUAUUUAAUUGCUUUCUCUCUCACAUCUGUCUCUGUGGCUCUCUCCUUUUCCCCUCCUCUCCCUUCCUUCUCCCUCUGCGUCUUCUUCCCUUUCCUCUUCUCCUCUGCCAUCCUCUCCAUUCCACUCCUCCCGUCUUCUCCUCUGCCCUCCUCUUCUCUCCUUCUCUUCUCACUCCUCUGCCCACCUUCCUCUCCUCUGCCCUCCUUCCUCUCCUAUCCCCACAUUGCAUCGCUUCUGCCUUUUCUCUUUCCCCACCUCAUUCCAUGCCGUGUGUGUGUGUGUGUGUGUGUGUGUGUC